UCGUAGCGUGUGAUUAUGUCGUACAUGUUUCCAUCGCAACAAUUACUCCGAGAAUAAGUGAUGCGAUGACUUCAGUUUCUGACAGACUGAGGGAAAUUGACAAUUUUCUUGCUCAAGCUAAGAAAGAUGAGGAAUUUGCAAAACUCAGUAGGAAACUAGUCAACCUUGAAUGUCAAUGCCGGGAACUAAAUAGCAAAUUGAAGGAGCUCAUCAAAGAACAACAGGCGAAGGGCGACACCAUACGGCGCCUGCAAAGACAUAAUCGAGAACAAGUUGAUAAAAUUGAUGACUUGAAACAGGCUAAUAGAGACCUCAGGUGGCGAAUACAGGAGCACCAAAGAGAAAAUCAUGUAUUAAAAACUGUUCUAUACGGAAACUUGUGGAACAAGUGUAAACCCGGAGAACCUUUGCCUUAUAUGUUUGAAUACAGCAAAAUAUCUUCAGAAGAAAAACUUUCUUCAGAUGAAAGCUAA